GAAUAACAUUUCUUCUGUUAACCAUACAUUUACCAAAUUCUACAAAACCAAAGCAAACCCCUUCCAAAUUUUCACAAAUUUUUCGUAUUAAAUUUCUUACUUCAACUAAUAUUGCCCGAAGCAAUGUCUUUUAAAAUGACGAGAAGCUUGUUGCGUCCUUAUCUAGCUCCACCUGUUAUCCUUCGUCGUUCCAUGGCUAAGAAGCCAUCAAAGAAACCGUCGAACACGCCGCGACCACCCAAGGAUCCGCCAGAUGAUCCGCCCUACAAGCCUGCAUGCGUGAGCCACGAAGGAUUCGACGUGCCGCCUUUCGUCAGUCCCACUUCUUUUCGGCAGUUCAGUGGACCGGACGAGAAGCUGGGACCAGGAGCGGGAAAAGCCGAGGUGUACAAGAACGCCCAAUACUUUGGGUAUCAUCGAUAUAGCUUCACGGAUCUGAUUAAUCAGGCUACGUUAAUGCGAGACGCACGGGACGCCGAUGCCGGAAUUCAGGCCUCCCUUGAAGUGGAUGAAGAUCCGGAAAUCGCCCACGAUCUGGAGGCCAUGAAGAAUUUGGAGAAAGAGUGCGAUAAGAUCCUUCAAAGGCAGGCCAAGGAAGAGGACGAAAAAUGCAGGAUAGCUGAGGAGAAGGCUCUGGAGGAAAUGAGCGAAGAGGAGUUGAAAGUGUGGUGUCAGCAAAAGGAAGCCUUGAUUAAGGAGCAAGAGAAGAAAAAGAAAAAGGAGGAAAAGGUGAAGGGGGGGAAGUCUUUGGAGAGCAUGUCCUCUGAGGAGCUUGUAGAAUGGUGUAAACAGAAGGAAGCAGAAAUUAGAAAGAAGGAGGAGGAGAAAAAUCGAAAUGCGGCAUUGAAGAAAAAAGAAGAGGCGUUGAUGAAAAUGUGUGAGGAGGCGGAACUGAAGAGAAAGUGUAUAGAAGAGCAAGUGAAAAAGGAAUGCGAGAAGAAGGCCUGCGAGGAGGCAGAGCAAAAGAAAAAAUGCCAAGAAGCGGAAGCAAAGAAAAUAUGCAAGGAAGCGGCGUUAAAGGAAAAAUGUGACAAAGAAGCGGAAUUAAAGAAGAAAUGUGAGGAGGAAGAAAAAAAGAAAAAAUGUGAAGAGGCGGAACAGAAGAAAAACUGUGAGGAGGCAGAACAAAAGAAAAAAUGCCAAGAAGCGGAAGCAAAGAAAAAAUGCCAAGAAGCGGAAGCAAAGAAAAAAUGCGAAGAAGCGGAAGCAAAGAAAAAAUGCCAAGAAGCGGAAGCAAAGAAAAAAUGCCAAGAAGCGGAAGCAAAGAAAAAAUGCCAAGAAGCGGAAGCAAAGAAAAAAUGCCAAGAAGCGGAAGCAAAGAAAAAAUGCGAAGAAGCGGCAUUAAAGGAAAAAUGUAAAAAAGAAGAGGCAUUGAAGAAGAAAUGUGAAGAAGAGGCGUUAAAGAAAAAGUGCGAGGAGAAAUCAAAAAAGAAACAUAGCAAAUGUGAUGAUAAAGAAGACAAAGACAAGUAG